AUAAAUAGGCCUAUUGCGACAUGUGCAUUCUGGGAUAUAGAAUUCAAAAAUGGCUUCCGAUAGCGAAUCUGGAACUGAAUAUGAGGUUGACAAAAUCCUUCAGCAAAGAAAAAGGAAGGGUAUCAUUGAAUAUUUGAUCAGAUGGCAAGGCUAUGGAGCAGAGCAAGACUCCUGGGAACCAGUCAAAAACUUAAAAGACUGUGCCGAUAAAAUCAAAGCUUUUAAAGAGUCUGAAAAUGAGUCUCCCAAAAAAAGAGGAAGAAGGAAGUCAACAUCAAGAUCUAGGUCAAGGUCUCGUGGAAGGUCAGCUUCAAAGAGCAGGAAGUCUGCCGGUCGCAAGAAAGCCACCCCCGUGAAACAGGAGACCCCACUCCGUCGGUCCAGCCGAUCUCGCUCCAGGGGGCGCCAGCAAACUACAGUCGAGAGCACCACUAGAAAAGUGGAGGAGUUUUCUGAUGAUGAAGGCAGGUCCAAAACAGUGAUUACAGAGACGGUCACAAAGUCUAAUGCCACGUCAGCACCAAGGAAAACCAAGUGGAGUAACCCCCUGGAGAGCUGCUACAGGUACCUGACCAGCUCUGACUACCCCGUGAUGAUUAUUUUUGUCUGUAUUACACUCAUCACCCUCAGUUUUCUUCUGGAGCCUUAUGUCAAUCUGGACAAGGCCUGUGCCUCCCUCAGCCAGACUGCGUCUUCUCUACAGAAGUAUAUCCAAGGUCUGUGGACCAACAGUACGGGAAAGUAGUGACUUAGAUCUCCACAAACCCAGGGCAGCUUCACCAAUCAUUGAUCAACGUACCAUUACCCAGCGUUUUAUCAUAUAGGAGAUCAAGUACCAUUACCUAGCAUUUUAUCUCAAUGGAGCAAGAUAAUUUUGCAAGAAACUAUUUUAAAAUGCCAGCAAUUUUACAUUGGUCUGAAAGACAUUAAAAAAUGUUUUUAUUUGAAAUAAAAAAAACUUUAAAAAAUAAUAGAAGUAAUGAAUAGAUCUAGUGCUGUAGACAUUUUAAGUAAAAGACUAUUUUAUGAAUUAUAUUUUUAUGAAGUAUUACAAUUUAUCAUUGUUUUACAUGCAGCUCACCUCUUAGUGUCAUAAUUACUGGUUGUCUCCCUUGAUUAACCAUGUCUCGUUCAGUAUUGCUUUUGUUACUCUAAAAAAUCCAAUAACACAAGAGAUUUUAUGGAUAAAAUAUCAUACAAAUACAUGUACCUUGUGCUUAAAAAUAUUAUAAAGGCUUUCAAAAAGAUUUAAAACAGGUAGCUUUUAACAAAGAUAGGAGACACCUGGCAGAGGCAAUUAAAAUAAGAUGUGGUGGAAUUUUUCUUCACUGAUCUCAGUCUAAAAAUAGAAAUCGGUAAUGGCAGAUUUUCAAAGCCCUGUUUAUAAUACAAAUGAGUAUUUAACAAUUUAUCAAGUACAUACUUUAUUAGCUCUCCAGUGCAGCAUACAUAUUUGAAGUAUGUUUUGAUUUGAGGUAGAUAAAAGUCACUGCAAGUAUAGUACAUGUAUUGUUGAUGACUAGAAAACCACUGUAAUGUCAAAUACUAUGCAAACAAUAAAAGGUUGUUCAUAUUUAAGCCUAUAAGAGAAAUUUAAAAUAUGUUAAAUAACAUUUUUGAUAACCAUAAGGUUUUUACUCACAUACUCUUUUUGCGAGCC